AUGAUCUCAAAGCGCACGAAGUACUGUUCACCUCAACACAACGAUGACAGUGAGAUUACCACGAAGUACUGUUCACCUCAACACAGCGAUGACAGUGAGAUUACCACGGAGUACUGUUCACCUCAACACAGCGAUGACAGUGAGAUUACCACGGAGUACUGUUCACCUCAACACAGCGAUGACAGUGAGAUUACCACGAAGUACUGUUCACCUCAACACAGCAAUGACAGUGAGGUUACCACGAAGUACUGUUCACCUCAACACAACGAUGACAGUGAGAUUACCACGGAGUACUGUUCACCUCAACACAACGAUGACAGUGAGAUUACCACGGAUUUCUGUUCACCUCAACACAACGAUGACAGUGAGGUUACCACGAAGUACUGUUCACCUCAACACAACGAUGACAGUGAGGUUAUCACGAAGUACUGUUCUGCUCAACACAGCGAUGACAGUGAGGUUACCACGAAGUACUGUUCACCUCAACACAACGAUGACAGUGAGAUUACCACGGAGUACUGUUCACCUCAACACAACGAUGACAGUGAGAUUACCACGGAGUACUGUUCACCUCAACACAACGAUGACAGUGAGAUUACCACGAAGUACUGUUCACCUCAACACAGCGAUGACAGUGAGAUUACCACGGAGUACUGUUCACCUCAACACAACGAUGACAGUGAGGUUACCACGAAGUACUGUUCACCUCAACACAACGAUGACAGUGAGGUUAUCACGAAGUACUGUUCUGCUCAACACAACGAUGACAGUGAGGUUAUCACGAAGUACUGUUCACCUCAACACAACGAUGAGAGUGAGGUUACCACGAAGUACUGUUCACCUCAACACAACGAUGACAGUGAGAUUACCACGAAGUACUGUUCACCUCAACACAACGAUGAGAGUGAGGUUACCACAAAGUACUGUUCAUCUCAACACAACGAUGACAGUGAGGUUAUCACGAAGUACUGUUCACCUCAACACAACGAUGACAGUGAGGUUACCACGAAGUACUGUUCACCUCAACACAACGAUGACAGUGAGGUUACCACAAAGUACUGUUCACCUCAACACAACGAUGACAGUGAGGUUACCACGAAGUACUGUUCACCUCAACACAACGAUGACAGUGAGAUUACCACGGAGUACUGUUCACCUCAACACAACGAUGACAGUGAGGUUACCACGAAGUACUGUUCACCUCAACACAACGAUGACAGUGAGGUUACCACGAAGUACUGUUCACCUCAACACAACGAUGACAGUGAGGUUACCACGAAGUACUGUUCACCUCAACACAACGAUGACAGUGAGAUUACCACGAAGUACUGUUCACCUCAACACAACGAUGAGAGUGAGGUUACCACGGAGUACUGUUCACCUCAACACAACGAUGACAGUGAGGUUAUCACGAAGUACUGUUCACCUCAACACAACGAUGACAGUGAGGUUACCACGAAGUACUGUUCACCUCAACACAACGAUGACAGUGAGGUUACCACGAAGUACUGUUCACCUCAACACAACGAUGACAGUGAGAUUACCACGGAGUACUGUUCACCUCAACACAACGAAGACAGUGAGGUUACCACGAAGUACUGUUCACCUCAACACAACGAUGACAGUGAGAUAACCACGAAGUACUGUUCACCUCAACACAACGAUGACAGUGAGGUUACCACGAAGUACUGUUCACCUCAACACAACGAUGACAGUGAGGUUAUCACGAAGUACUGUUCUGCUCAACACAACGAUGACAGUGAGGUUAUCACAAAGUACUGUUCACCUCAACACAACGAUGACAGUGAGGUUACCACAAAGUACUGUUCAUCCUCAACACAGCGAUGA